GGUGAACUCGGUUGCAGACAAAGUGGUUAGUGGCAGGCUUAAAUUCUCAAUAAAUGUAAUAUUUGGUGAACUACAUGUUACAAGUAUUAACUUAUUGUAAAUUACUAAACCCAUCAUCAGUAUUAACCAGAACUAUGGAUAGUAAUAAACUGAAAAUCGUGCGAUUAGAGCAAAAGGUUGCAAGGGCUGAAUUGGCAAUACAGAAUUUAUUAGCUGAGGUUGAAGGGAUAAAGACUGAGAUACAUGCUCUCAAAUCUGGACAAGCCACACCAAUAAUUAAAGCAGAAUCAAUAAAUAAAUUGGUUGAUGUUGGACCACUUGUUCAAAAAAGACUGUUACAAUGUAAUUCAGGUGUUGGUGUGUUAGAGAAGGUAAAGAAAGCCAAAUUAUCAUUUGAUAAAGAUGGAGAUUAUAUUGUUGUUUAUACUGAUGGUGCUUGUCCAAACAAUGGAAAAGGUGGUGCUAAGGCUGGAAUUGGUGUGUGGUUUGGAGAAAAUCAUCCAUUGAAUGUUGGCAAACCAUGUCCUGGAAAUAGGCAGACCAAUAAUGCUGCUGAAAUUUUAGCUUGUGCUGAAGCUUGUAAAAUUGCAGAAAUGAAUGAUCUUGCAAAAAUUCAAAUUAACACUGAUUCAAAAUUUGUUAUUGAUUGUGUAACAAAAUGGAUGCCCAACUGGAAAAGAAACAAUUGGAAAACUGCAGCUGGAAAGGAUGUUAUUAAUAAGGAAGAAUUAUUGAUUCUGGAAAAGAAUGCCAACAUCUUAAAUGAUGUUAAAUAUAAACAUGUGAAUGGACAUGCUGGAAUUCAGGGCAAUGAAGGUGCUGACCAAUUGGCAGUAAAAGGUGCAUACAUGUAACAAAACUUUGAUUUUGAGUUUCAUUGUUCCACUUUAUUAUUUAUCUCGUUAUUUGUUUCAUUAGCAUAAGACACAUUCUGUGAAUGUUUUACCUUCUUAAAUUCUUAAUAAAUGCUUGAAAAUCA